AUGGAACGGCCCACGAAAAGAGCCCGCAUAUGUGACGACGUCGAGGACUCGGAAACGUCGACGCAGGCAGAAGGGCCGCGAUCUCUAAGCAGACCGAUCAGUCCUCCUCACAAGAAGAACAAUGGUGGCCAGCGCAUCAAAUCUCCAUUCCAGCUGACUUGGAUCCGGGAUCUCCCAGAAGCAGCGAAUCGAGAUGCAGUUGCCCUCAAAGACAUCCUCGGAGACCCCUUGAUCGCAGAGUGUUGGGAGUUCAACUACCUGCAUGAUAUCCAUUUUCUAAUGAGCCACUUCGACGAGGACACCAAGAGUCUCGUUAAAGUCCACGUGGUCCAUGGCUUUUGGAAAAGAGAAGACCCAAACCGCUUGGCUCUUCAAGAGGAAGCCUCAGCGUACAGCAAUGUAGAGCUCCACGGUGCCUAUAUGCCAGAGAUAUUUGGCACGCAUCAUUCCAAAAUGAUGAUACUGGUCCGCCAUGAUGAUUCGGCGCAGGUCGUCAUACACACCGCCAACAUGAUCGCCAAGGACUGGACCAACAUGACAAACGCCGUCUGGAUGUCGCCCCUUCUUCGCUUGCUGAAAGAAAAGGACAGUACGUCCUGCGAAAAUGCUAUCGGGACCGGCCAGAGAUUCAAGCACGACCUCUUGAGUUAUUUGAAAGCUUACAAUGUUCGGAGACCCAUGCUCAGGGAUCUGGUCGACAAGUUGAGCCAGUAUGACUUCUCAAGCGUGAAGGCUGCACUCAUCGCAAGCGUGCCGGGCCGCCAUUCAAUACAUGACACCUCUCAAACAUUAUGGGGUUGGCCCGCCUUAAAGCACGUACUUCGCCAUGUUCCUGUCCAGGACGGCAAGUCGGAGAUUGUGGUCCAGAUCUCGUCCAUCGCUACUCUGGGACCCACCGACAAUUGGAUUCAGAAGUGUCUUUUCAACCCUCUCUCUGAAUCCAGCGACAAGGGGCCAAACAAGACCAAGCCAACAUUCAAGGUUGUGUUUCCGACGGCAGACGAGAUCAGGAGAAGCUUGGACGGCUAUGCAUCUGGUGGGUCAAUUCACACCAAAAUCCAGUCCCAACAGCAGGCGAAGCAACUAGCCUAUCUGCAUCCUUUCUUCUGCCACUGGGGAAACGAUGCCCCCAAUGGAAAAGCAUUAUCUGAAACAGCGACCGUGAGAGAGGCCGGCAGGAAGCGAGCUGCACCGCAUAUAAAGACAUACAUUCGAUAUGGUGAGAAGUCAGUCGACUGGGCGCUCGUCACAUCGGCCAACAUUUCAAAGCAGGCAUGGGGCGAGGUGGCAGGAGCCUCGCAGGAGGUGAGAAUUGCUUCGUGGGAGAUCGGCGUCUUGGUAUGGCCUGAGAUGAUGGCCGAAAAGGCGACCAUGGUGAGCACGUUCCAGACAGAUUUGCCCUCGAACAACACCGAAGGAAGCAACCCAGUUGUUGGCGUUCGCAUACCCUACAACCUACCACUUCAGCAUUAUGCAAAGGACGAGAUACCUUGGGUCGCAACGAUGGCCCAUGCAGAACCAGACAACAUGGGAAGGUUUUGGGGAGUAGCAUAG